CUGUGAACUUAAAAAGAUAAUAACUUGCAACAUGUAUUGUUUGAAAAGUCUAAUUUUUUUGCAUUGCCGCUCUUAAAACACUAUCUUUCCACCCGGAAAACAUGGAACAUUCUCACGACAGGGAGUUAAAGAGUUCCAUCUUUUGUAUGUCGCUAACUAUUGAUGAAAAUUAGUUUUUCUGACACAUGUCAAUAACAUCUCAGUGACGUUUCGCAAUUCAGAUUCAGAAUACUAAAUAAUUUCGAAUCUACCUUAUUAUAAAAUGGAUUUACAAAAUACUGACCUCGUGGUGAAAUAAUGGUGUAAUUUAAAGUGUUAAAAUAAGUUUAAAAUACGUUUAAUAAUAUUCCAAAAUGACUACAAAGGAACUAUAUACGAAGGGGGCCCGGAUAUGGGUGGAGCACCCGGAACUUGUGUGGGAGUGUGCCACCGUGACCAGCGACUAUCGUUCAGGAGUCCUGAUCGUUCAAACAGACCAGACUGGCGAGCUGCGUCAGAUUAAGAUCACAGAUGAGAGCAAGAUGCCCCCCCUAAGGAAUCCCUCGCUCCUGAUUGGUCAGAAUGAUCUGACGUCAUUGUCCUACCUACACGAACCCGCUGUACUGCAUAAUUUGAAAGUCAGAUUCUGUGACCGGAACGCAAUAUACACAUACUGCGGGAUCGUACUCGUCGCUAUAAACCCGUAUUACGAUUUGCCUAUUUAUGGUGAUGAAACAAUCAUGGCAUACCGCGGCCAGUCCAUGGGUGACCUUGACCCUCACAUCUUCGCCGUCUCCGAGGAAGCCUACACCAAGUUGGAGAGAGAGAGGAGAGAUCAGAGUAUAAUUGUGAGCGGUGAAUCAGGCGCCGGGAAGACUGUGUCGGCUAAGUAUGCCAUGAGAUAUUUUGCAGCCGUCGGAGGAAAUACUAGUGAGACGCAUGUAGAAAGAAAAGUAUUAGCCUCCAGCCCUAUUAUGGAGGCUAUAGGUAACGCGAAAACAACACGCAAUGACAAUUCGUCGCGUUUCGGUAAGUUCAUAGAGAUCCACUUUGACGAAAUGUACCGGAUAUCCGGCGCCAGCAUGAGGACCUACCUCCUGGAGAAGUCGAGGGUUGUCUAUCAGAGUUCCGGUGAGAGGAACUACCACAUCUUCUACCAGCUAUGCGCUGCUAAACAUUUGCUGCCAGAAUUGAAAUUGGACCACCAAGACACCUUCCACUACCUGAACCAGGGCGGAAGUCCAGAAAUAGACGGGGUCAACGACCUUAAAGCCUUCCACGAAACAAGAAAUGCUCUAACUACUUUGGGCGUUACUGAGUCGGAGCAACAGAACAUGUUCACAGUACUGGCGGCCAUCUUGCAUCUCGGUAAUAUACACUUUGAAUUGGACGACGAGAGCGAUGAAGACGGCGCCUAUAUUGAUAUAAACGACCCCCAUAUAAUAACAGUAUGCGCGCUUUUGGGCAUAUCGAAACCGGAAAUAUCAAGAUGGCUGACACACAAGCGGAUAGCUUCCGCCCACGAGGUUAUAGUGUCGAGGAUGGACUUACAGAGGGCUGUCUUCGCGAGGGACGCUCUGGCCAAGAGAAUGUAUGGGGAACUAUUCGCAUGGCUGGUACGAGCUGUGAAUAGGGCCCUCGACACAGGGCAUGCCAGAAAACACUUUAUUGGUGUGCUGGACAUAUACGGCUUCGAGACGUUCGAGAUCAACUCGUUCGAGCAGUUCUGCAUCAACUACGCCAACGAGAAGCUGCAGCAGCAGUUUAACUCGCACGUGUUCAAGCUGGAGCAAGACGAGUAUAUUAAGGAACAAAUAUCAUGGAAGAUGAUAGACUUCUACGACAACCAGCCCUGCAUAGACCUGAUCGAGGACCGGUUAGGUGUGCUGGCCCUGCUGGACGAGGAGUGCCGCGUGCCGCAGGGCUCCGACCAGGGUUUCGUAGCCAAGCUACACGACAAGUGCUCCAAGUACCCGCACUUCAUGAAACCGAGGUUCGGCAACGCCGCGUUCAUAAUAAAACACUUCGCUGAUAACGUUGAAUACCAAUGCGGCGGGUUUCUGGAGAAGAAUCGGGACACGGUUCUGGAGGAGCAGCUGGAGUGCGUGAAGACCGCGACCACCUGCCGGCUCAUACACGUUAUAUUCGCUGAAGCCAGCGUCGACCACUCAGCGACCCUACCACUACCCUCCAGAAGAAAGGCCACUCCAUCCAUGGCUCUAAGUAGCCUCACUCAACCUCCCCGUCGAGCAUCCGGUCAGAAACAAACUGUGGGCUCUCAGUUCAGGGCGUCCCUAUCAGCUCUCAUGGCGACCCUCUCCGCCACGACUCCACACUACGUGCGCUGCAUCAAGCCGAAUGACACCAAGCAGCCGUUCCAGUUCGACGCGGCCAGGGCUGUCAACCAAUUGAGAGCAUGCGGCGUGUUGGAGACUAUACGAAUAUCGUCAGCUGGAUUCCCAUCCAGGUGGCUGUACCAGGACUUCUUCCAGAGAUACCGUCUCCUCUGCCUUUACAAAGAGAUAGAUCGAUCCAAUAUUAAGGCGACGUGCUCCAAAAUAUUGGAGAAACAUUUGAAAGACCCGGAUAAGUUUCAGUUCGGUGCCACCAAAAUAUUCUUCAGGGCCGGGCAGGUGGCGUACCUGGAGAAGAUCCGAGCUGAUCUCCAACGUCUGUACUGCGUCCGUGUCCAGAGCUGUGUCCGAGGGUUCCUUGCCAGGCGGCGGUACGCGAGGCUGCGGCGCGCGCUCAUCGGACUACAGGCUAGAGGGAGGGGAUACCUUGUUAGACGAAAAGUUCAGGAGAUUAGGCGUAACCGUGCUGCUAUCAAGAUCCAGAAGACAGUACGCGGCUGGCUGGCCAGGGUCAAGUUCCAGAGGAUGAGGAAGCUGGCGAUUGGACUGCAAGCGGUGGCGAGAGGCUACCUGGCCAGGAGGCUGUACAAGAACAAGAGGAUACUUAAGGCUACUAUCGGUAUUCAGCGAUACGCCCGCGGCUACCUCGUCCGGCAGAGAGUCAGGAAGCGAAGGCAGCAAAUCAUCAUCUGUCAGUCAGCGGUCCGUCGCUUCCUAGCGCGUCGGCAAUACAAGAGACUGCGUAUAGAAGCUCGCAGCCUGGACCACGUCAAGUCUUUGAACAAGGGUCUGGAAAACAAAAUCAUCAGUCUGCAACAGAGACUCAACGAGGAGAUCAAGAAAUCCAGCGCCGUGGGACCUCUGCAAGCACAGAACACAGAGCUCAGAUCGAAAUUGGAGAAUCACAAGAUAUUGACAAUAGAGGUGAAAGCUCUCAAAGUGGACAUCGCGGCCAAGGAUAACCUGCUCGCCAAGCUGCAAGCGGAGCUGACGGCUGAGAGGGAAGCGAACAAACGUCUGCUGGAAGAGAAGAAGACGAUAGAAGUGGAAUAUAAGAAGAAUAAAGAUGAACUCGAAGCGAACAGCGAGAAGCUGUCGAGCGAACUGGAGACGACCAAGGAGCACUACUCGAUGCUUAUAUCUGAUCGCGAUAAACAACACGAGGAUGAAAAGAGAGCUCUGCGGCUGGAGUUGGAGAAUGAGAGACAGAGUCGACAGAAGAUGCUGUCGUCGCAGUACGAGAUGCAGGAGAGGAUCGAUACGUUACAGAGAGUUCCAGCCCCCAAAGAACACAGGCGGUCUCUAUCCGAUGUCAGCAUUAACUCACAGCAAGAGACGACAGUGGAAGAUGACUUCGGUUACGGGUCUGUUCGCUCGGUGGAGACCACUCGGCCGGCGCUGGAGGCGGUCAACUGGUCCGCUGGCCAGCACAACGGACCCAUGCCGAUCGCUGAUGCUGGGCUGGUGCUUCGCAUGCAGACGAGGAUAUCAGCUCUGCAGGGUGAACUGGCGCGGACUACAAAGAGAGCUGCGGACCUGGAAGAUAGACUCGCAAGUCGUCUCUCAGCGCCGGGCGGGCCGCGCCCCGACAGCGACCGGUUCAGGGUCGAAGAGCUGGAGAUGGAGAACAAGAAGCUGAGGGAACACCUGGACAGGCUGCGGGCCGCGGACACCUCGCUCUCGCGGGAAGUGCUGGAACAAUUGAGCGCUAUGCAAAGCGAAUUGGACAGACGGAGGGACGAGUGCAUACAACUCAAGAGCGUGCUGACCAAUCAGAAACCUUGGUUCCAAGCAUUGAAGAGCGUCACGGUGAAUCUAAAGUCGCUCGCCACAUCCAACUACGGCUCUGACGUGGACAUCAUCAACGAGGACGGGGAACUGGCGACGGCCUAUCAGGCGCAGAAGGGGAUAAACAGACAACUCCAAGAGGAAUUGUCAGCUGAAAAGAAAUUCUACUCCGAGCAUAUAUCGAAGGCCAAGCAGGAAAUCGAAAAACUAAGGGACGAGAAUGAGAGAUAUCAGAAGUUGCUCAGCGCUGAUCUAAGUCAAGAGCCGAAGAAUAAAAGCCAAGAAUACGCCCAGAACGAGAUCAUACGACUGGCCUCGGAGAACAUGGCAAUACAGGAACGCGUCGACAAGCUGUCGGAGAGUUGCAGAAGAUACAAGAACCAGAUACGUCUCCUGGUGAACAAACUGAAGGAGGCUGGGAUUGAAGACGUUCAAGAUAUACUUGAAGGAAAUGAUACUAUGCUGUCACAAACGUCUUCCACCAACCAGGAGAUCACGCCGGUUAUAAGGAAGAAAGAGAUAGAAUACCUGGGGAUGUUUGAAUACAAGCUGCAAGAUCAGGGGACCAUUAUCAAGAAACUUGUGACCGAUCUGAAGCCUCGUGUAGCGGUAACCCUGCUGCCAGGGCUGCCAGCGUACAUCCUGUUCAUGAUGCUGCGUCACACUGACCACGUUGACGAUGAACCAAAGAUGCACCAGCUCAUGAGGGCCAUAAGGAUUGGAGUCAGGAAGACACUGAAGAAGAGAGCUGACAGCGUUGAAUAUAACGCGCUCUGGCUGGCUAACAUGUUGAGGUUGCUGAACAAUCUGCGUCAGUAUAGCGGUGAUGCUUGUUACCAAGAGGCGAACACGCCUCGUCAGAACCAACAAAGUCUUCGGAUCUUCGAUCUGUCGGAGUACAGACAGGUGUUGAGCGAUAUAGCCAUCUCCAUAUUCCAAGGUCUGAUCAACCUUCUGGAGCGUCAGCUGGAGCGUCUCAUCGUGCCGGCCAUCCUGGAGUACGAGGAGAUCAGCGGGCUGUCCGGUGCGGUGGGGGCGCGCGCCCCUCCCGCGCCCUCCGCGGGGCCCGCCAGGCUCAAGCACGAACUCACCAAUACUAGGGACAUACUGCGACUGCACGCGGUCGACACGGCGCUCACCGUUGUUAUAUUUAAACAGUUAUUCUACUUCAUCUGCGCGUACAGCCUCAACCAGCUGUUGCUUCGUAAGGAUCUGUGCUGCUGGGCGAAGGGUCUCCAGAUAAGGUUCAACAUCUCGCACCUGGAGAACUGGAUUAAGGAACACCUGGCGGAGUACGGACAGAAGAGUAUGGAGGACAUCCUGAGCGUCCUCAAACCUAUAACCCAAGCAGUGCAACUGCUCCAGGCUCGUAAGUCCAUGGCGGAUGUGGUCAGUACUGUGGACAUGUGCGCUGAUCUAUCCGCUAUGCAAGUUUGUAAGAUCCUGAACAUGUACACACCAGCCGAGGAAUACGAGGUGAAGGUGACCAGGGAGUUCAUACACGAGAUACAGAAGCUGAUGCAGGAGAGAGCUGGGCCCAACGCUAACAAGGAGCCGCAAAGUCUACUCAUGGAUACCAAGAUGAUAUACGCCGUGCAGUUCCACUUCAACCCGUCGUCCAUCCGGCUGGAGGAUGUCGAGGUGCCGGAGGUGCUGGAACUGGACGGAUUGCUCACCAAGAUAUAGAUAUUACGUCAUCGAAGAUCCGCUGCCGCAGAAGGAUAUUACUGGAAGCAGAAGAUUGGAAAAUAUAUAUGCAAUGUUUUGUGAACUAACCGCUCCAUAUUGUCGUUCGUCUAUACUGAUCGGUGCCAUCAACAUACGAAGCCACAUUUAACGCCACAUCCGCUUCCUGAACGGUCGCUCAUGAAUGCUCAGUUUUAUUAUUUUUUACUUAAAACGAAGUACUUAAUCGAUAACUUUAGAUUUUUGUUUUUUGCUAAUUCUUACUCGCAUACCGCCGUAGAACUAAAGUGGACCGUAAUGCUGUAGAAAUAGAGUUGAAUUUGCACUAUUUUAUAUUGUAGCCAAUAUGCCCCUACGUUAAGUCUUAUCAUCAAUUUAAUAUUUUAAUGCCAUAUACGUCAACGAAAAUGUUUUUUUUUGUACUUAAUUAUGUUUAAGUUUAUAUCUGUAGGUUCCUGCAUAAUAUAAUAUAAUAUCGGCAAUAACUAUGCUGUAUUUAAAUCUUCCAUUUUGAAUUAGUAUAUAUAUAUCGUUUCUAGUAUGGUGUUGCUAGUAUAAUUUGUUUGCUAAAUGUUACCAUAAUUAGGUGCUUGUUAAUACUGUUCAACUGCUAUUAUUAUUUAUAUAUAUAUAUUUUUUUUCUUGCGUAUUUUACUUUGAUAUAUUUUUUAAUUUAUUUCCUAUUUGAAAUUAUUGUCAGCCAUUUUUAUUUUUUAUUUUUUUUUUUACACACUUGGUCUUGAUAUACAAUACUUAUCUAUUUUGUGUGAAUGUUUUUAUUUAUUAAUUAAAUGAUUAAACGAUUAUAACUCUAAAUUAGAUAUUUAAAUAGUAAUCAUUUUAAAUUUUCUGUUUAUUAGUAACAUUAGUGUUAUAUAUGACUGGGAAUUAUCUGUCAACAGAGCUGUUAGUGUUACUGAGAUGGUUUAAAAGUAGAAAAAAAUAUAUAAUAAUAUAGAAAUGGACCCGUACUAGGAAUAUUUACAAAUGCAAUCUAAUUGCAAUAAUUAUUGUUGACAAUUUAGCCAAAAUAUAAUAUAUUAAAUAGAAAAUUAUUGAAGCCUAUCUUUGUUAUUUAAAUUAUGUUGUUCACAAUUAAAAUUGAAUUCGUUUUUUAUUUAUUAGUGUUUAACAUUAAGCAAUAAUAAGCAUAUCUUUGAAGUAUUCUGUCGUGUUUAUGUAAGUCCUAUGUCCAGCACUCGCUCGACCCCCUUCAGACACAGCUGCCCUGUAUCUAGGCUGAUGGCGUACGCAUUUAACUCGGAAAUGCAUUUUAUUCGGAAAUAUAUAUUGUACCGCGGGCUAUAAUUAAUUCGUGCUAUUUUCUCUAAACAUGACAAUAGUGUUUUUUUUUUAUAUAAAAUAUUUCUAUAUAAUCUAUCUAUAGUAUUAUAAUUACUGCGUUUGUUGAAAUGAACUUAAUGAUUGCGUUUUGAAGUCUCUAUAGUGCUGAAUUAAAAAAUGUCGAUUGUCAAGCGACACCGCCGCGUCCUAUCAAUGGAUGGGUGACCGGUUUUUGAACCGCAAUCAGUUAAGUUUAUUGAAUAUAAUAACAAUUGUUUGUGCUGUGAGCGUUACAUUCCGUAUAGUUUAGGAGUUAUUUAUUAUUAGAACAAUAUAUUACAUGUUGUAAAA